GCUGCAGCAACAGCCUUAAACAGACAGAAGCAUGUACAUGUAGUUUUGUUUGGACCACAUGAGAAGUUAUGAGAGCUCCAGGAAUGACUUUCUUCAAUGGUUCAUGUCAACACAUGCUGGCGCCUGUGAUCAGAACAAAGCAGCUGGGUUUCUUUAACAGAUGGGUUCUCUGCCUGCUUGCCAUCCUUUGGACAGUUUCCACGGCUCAGAGCCCUUCGACCCCCAAAACACCAACAGGAAAUGCAGGUCACAGCCCCACCUCACCAUUUUCUACUUCACCACCACCUCGUUCAACAAUAAGAGCGUCUUUAGGUACCAGGGAAAGCUCCAUUUCUCCAACUUUUGGCACUUCUCCUCCCCAUCCCACAACAGUAGGUCUCCCACCAGGUGUUUCUUACUUCAUCAGCAUCACUGUGAAGGCAGUUGGACCCAAGAAUGAAACGGAAAUUACUGGCUUGCUGAGGGAUAUUUUCCAGAGCAACCUUCAGAAGUGCAUCCUCCCAGAACCUCCAAGCACAGCCGCCGCUGUUAUUACAACUUCAUCCUCUUCAAACCCAACACAAAAGUGGGAAGGAAAUAAUACUUCUUUAUUUCAAGGAGUGGAAGUGUCAUGUCUUCCUAAAACGUCAUUUACAAAUAGCACAUGCACUGCGACACUACGGCUAAAUCAGACGGUGCCGCCAUGUUGCAUCCUCCGAACACUUUGUACCGCCACUAAAAACUCAACAGACAUCUCUCUGGUGGGAAACAAGGCAGAGAGACUUAGCCCUCUUCAGACUGUGUGCAGCACUCCUCAAAUGGAUCAAACCAGCUGCAGUUAUUCUGGCUCAAACCAAACCAAUUGCGAGGAAUUUGUCCCUGCAAAUGAGGUUCCACAAAACAACUCAACCAUCUGUGGAACUGCGAAGCCCCAGAACCACACAGGAAACUUCAGCUGUGACUGUUCUGCUUACUGCAAUGGAUCAGAUGCAUUCUACAUGUUUUUUGUCUCAGUUGAAAAUCCAAACAUAAACUGUUCACAAGGCUACAACACACUGAUUUCUGAGUUAAAUGAAACUUGUUUCACAAAUGAAACAUGUCGACCAUUUGUAAAUGGAUCCCAAUACAAGGGUGCCAAUGUGGCUUGUGAGGUCCCAGCAAACAGAAGCCAACUCUGCAGAGUGAUUUUAGGAUUUACCAGUGAAGUCCCACUAUGUUCCUUGCAGACCGCUGUAAAAACAGUAUCUCAGUCCCUACAACAAAUCAAAUUUGAUGGGAUGAUCAGACGAGCAGCAAUUUGUGGAAACUUCACGAUAGAGGAUGAUCUGCCAAACCCCCAAUUUACCUGGGCUAACACGUCCUCAAAACCUGUCAACUUUUGUGAAACAAUAAAUGAAUAUAAUAUCAGUACAUGUGAAAACAAAACAAAUGUCAUUGAGGAGCUGGAUGAGUGGUGCUCCAACACAGGAAGUGGAGGUUCUUCAUCAUCAAAUACUACAACAACACAACCUACUUCCACCGUAACCCAAAAACCCACGACUGCUGCUAAUGUCACCCAGACAACUACGACAACAGUAACCACAAGCAACACCAGCACUUCCACAGUGACUACGGCCACCACAAACUCAGCUGAAAAUCUAGCUGCAGCACUGCUUAAACGGACAGAGAACAUAUCUAAUCUGACAUCCAGCGACAUAGAUCAGCUGGUGUCGGAUCUGGAAAACCUGCUGUCAGGUCCAAACAUCAGCCUGACUCUGGGAAACAUCUCUGUAUUCAUUGUCAACAACCUCCUGGGCGCUUCACCUGAGAAGCUGUCAAACUCUUCCAGAAGGAUCAUCCGGAUUGUUGACACUGUGGGUUUUAAGCUGGUUCUUGGAGCAAACUCUAAAAGUCUGCUUGCUCCAUCAAUUGCUCUGUCUGUUACACCAGCCGAUGGCACAAACUUCCAAGAGACCUCUUUCUCCAUAACAGAUCCCAAUAACGUUCAGGUCCGUCAGCUGUCGAGGGUGUUGAGGUUGGGGGCUGACUCCUCCGGACCACAGGGCUCUGUCAGUCUGCCCCCCUUUCUCACUCAGAACCUGACAACUGAAGAACAGAGGCUCGUGUCCAGAGUCCAUUACAAUUUCUAUCAGAAGAACACACUGUUUCAGGACCAGUCAUUGGGAGAUCGUAAACUCAACAGUGGUAUCCUCGGAGCAAGUGUGGGCAAUAUUUCAGUCAGUGGAUUAAGACAAAAUGUCACAAUUUUCCUGAGACACACUGAACCUGUUCCAGCUAAUUUUGUGGCAACAUGUGUUUUCUGGGAUUUUACACUAAACAGUCAAUCAGGCGGUUGGAAUUCAAAUGGUUGCUUUGUUCAAAACACGACAAAGGAUAACACAACUUGCAGCUGCAACCAUUUGACCAGUUUUGCUAUCCUGCUGGACCUCUCUAGACAAAAUUCAAUCAGUGCUGUUCAGAACACCAUCCUCACCUUCAUCACAUACAUUGGAUGUGGAAUUUCUGCCGUCUUCUUGGCCUUCACUCUCCUCACCUACCUGCUCUUUGAGAAAUUACGCAAAGACAUACCAUCCAAAAUCCUGAUCCACUUGUGCUUUGCUCUGCUGCUGCUCAACCUGGUGUUCCUGGUGGACGCGUGGCUGGCGCUCUACACAGACGCAGUGGGCCUAUGCACUUCCACUGCCUGGUUUCUUCACUACUUCCUGCUGGCGUCCUUCACUUGGAUGGGACUGGAAGGCGUCCACAUGUACAUGGCUCUUGUGAAAGUCUUCAACAGCCACAUACGACACUACUUGCUAAAGUUUUCAGCAGUUGGAUGGGGUGUUCCCAUGGUUGUUGUUAUUAUUGUCAUCGCAAUUGAUGUCGAGAACUACGGUCAAGUGUCUUAUGGCAAAUAUACAGACGGCACUAGUGAUGAAUUCUGCUGGUUGAAGAACGACAUUGCUUUCUACGUAGCCGUGGUGGCCUACUUCUGUGUUAUUUUCAUCUUUAACUUUUCCAUGAUGAUCAUCGUCCUGGUCCAACUGCAGCGGAUAAAAAGGCAGAACCCUCAAAACAACCAGCACCGCUCCACACUGCAGGAUUUGCGGAGCGUCACAGGAAUUACUUUCCUGCUAGGCCUCACUUGGGGCUUUGCCUUUUUCGCCUGGGGUCCUGUCAACCUGGCCUUCAUGUAUCUCUUUGCCAUUUUUAACUCCCUGCAAGGUUUCUUUAUUUUUGUGUUCCACUGUGCAAUGAAGGAAAGUGUGAGGAGGCAGUGGAGCGCCCACCUCUGCUGUGGGAAACUGAGGCAUUCAGAAAACUCAGAGUGGAGCCACAGUGCCACAAAGAAGAAUGUCAGGAACCUCUCCACAUCCAAAAUAGCGUCUUUUCACUCCUCAAAAUUGUCACGUGUCCAAGGCUCGCCCAUGUCUUCUCGCUUGGUCAGCAAAGCUUCAGACCAGACAAAUGGCAUCAGCAGUCCAUUCGAUGACCACAUUAUCACAGCUGAUGAAGAUCCAAGCAUGGAUGUUGUCCUCAAUGAAAUCAACAGGCAAUACAGAAACCAAGACUCAUGAUGGACAAUCAGGAAAACCAUCUGACCAAAGGGCUGUCCUUCAAAAUAAAUGUAAAUUAAAUUACUUGUAUGUUUGCUAAAUGAUAAUUGAUUGAGUUUCUAUGUCCGUCAUGUACUACCCCAACACAAUGUAAGGAGAAGGAGGGCAGAAAGCUUAUUUUGUACAAAAUCAAAGUUGUUUUUCUCAAAAUGCAAAUUUAUCUACAUUGAUGACUUUGUACAGUUUUGUUACCAAUGUUUUUUUUUAUACACAAAAAAUAAAGUAUUUAUGGAGUUUGUAAGAUAUUUUCUACAUGUUGGACACUUUUAGAUUAAGAUAGUUUAGUAAAGACAGUUUGAUCUACCAUUUGUGUUGUCUUAUCCUCUCUAAACGUGGUUCAUUAUCAAGUUAACUGAGGCCCUCGUUUUUAACAGACCAGGACCUGCUUGUUUGGUUUGUGACCUUUAACACCUGCUCAAGGAAACAAAUUAUUUGUUUCAAAGUGCCCUUGGGCAAGACACUGAACCCCCACAUGGCUCCUUGUGGUCUGGAUGUCAUAGCAUGGCAGCUCUGCCACCAUUAGCGUGUGAAUGUGUGUGCAUUGGUGAAUGGAACUGGUAACUGUAAAGCACUUUUGACCUUAACGAAUGUAGAAAAGCAUGGGUAUGCACCAUUUACCACCUUGACAGGUCUCAUAUAUACAAAAGCUUCUCAUUUGGGGACAUUAUUUUUAAUGAAAACCAAAGGGGAACUAAUGAGGAACUCACUGUAUCCUUGUUCUGCAUAGUUGUUCCAAAAAGUGAAAAAUCUGGAAAUGACUUAUGGUGACAAUCCAGUUUGUUAUUAAAGAAGUUGGUUGUGUGUA